GCAUUUCAUCAUGGCCGAUUCUCCAGCAUCAUCCGAUCUCUCCGAUCCGCCGUCGGUCGAUUCUGACGCCGAGGACCGGCUGAGCACACCGGCGCCGCCCUCGUCGCGGCCCAGCGUCGACAUCGCGCACAACGAAGCAGACCAACCGCCCUCCAAGCGUCGCAAGACGGCUCAAUCUUCGCUGGCGACGUUUGAAGCGGCGACGCCGCACCCCGAAGAAGACGACGAGAGCUUCAGUGUCUCGUCCGAUGGCUACAGCAGCGCGCCCGGAUCGCCCAACGAUGAUGAAUGGAGCAUCCGAGAGCAAGCGCAGACACAGUGUUUGUGGAGAGAUUGCGCGUUUGGCACCGCGGAAAACAACGAUGACCUGGUCAAGCACGUACAGAGCACGCAUUGCGCGACGGGAGGCCCCAAGAAGACCAAGUAUGUCUGCGAAUGGGGCGAAUGCCAGCGCAAAACGAGCAACCAUCCUAGCGGGUAUGCGCUCAAGGCCCACAUGCGAAGUCAUACCAAGGAGAAGCCCUACUAUUGCCAGUUGCCAGAGUGCGACAAGGCCUUUACUCGCUCUGAUGCGCUGGCCAAGCACAUGCGCACCGUGCACGAGCCCGAACCUGUGAGAGGCACGGACUCAGCAGUGCCCGUCACAGGCAAGGGCAAAGCCCUCAAGGUCAAGAGCAAUGGAGGCACAAAGAGCGCGCUUGUGCAAGACACCGGCCCCACGCACGACGAGGACGGCAAUUGGGUCAACCCCUCGCCUCCCAAUGACAAUAUCACAUACAUACCCGCUCACCACCCGAUUACCGGGCAGCCUGGAUUCAUGAUCCAUUAUCCGCCAGACAUUCACUUCACGGCAUGGGAAAGCAGUAUUACGGCCGAUCAAUUAAUGCGGCUGCUGCGGCGGCAGGUACAUUGGGCCCAGAAAGAGGCGGAGGAAUUGAAGAAGCAGGUAGAAGCUUUGGAACAACAAAAGCGGGAGGAAUGGCAACUAAAGGAGAUCUUGCUUGAGGGGACAUUGGAAGCAGAGCUGGCACAUGCCGACCAAGAUCAGAUGAUGAGCAAUGUGGAUCUGCGUGUGAAAGAGGCAAUGGCGCAAGAUGUGGAGCCAUCGAAGCUGUUAAAAUGGACCAAAGGGGAGCCCAAAUGGCGAACGCGGCCUAAUAUCCUGCAGCAUGUUGAGAACGAGCCGGACACCGAUGCCCCCAAAAAGGACCGCGGAUCGAAUUCCCCCUCACCACCUCCCACGGCAGCAUCCGGAGGGUUCGAUGGCGAAGCAGAUCCGUUCGACAACUAUCUGGCCGCACAAAUGUCUCGUUACGAAGAGCGCGAGAGGAUGCGAAGCGCACAGAGCACGCCUGCCAAGUUGCAACAACAACAACAACAACAACAACAACAAGGGGUUGGCGAUGCCUGAUGCUGAUAAUGAUGAUGAUGAUACUCUCGCCGCCCUAGCCGCUCUGGCUAGCAUGAUAUAAUCAAAGAAUACCUUUACUCUUUCACUGUUCCUCCACGACAGAUGGAUAUACCGAAGACAUUGGUUUCGCAUGAGACUUGAAAACAGUAAGGUAGGUAGGGAGUGGCAGGAACUUGCCCUGCUACCAAGUAGUUAAUAAUGGAUGACGAAUAAAACUAAG